ACUAACAAAACUAAGCACCCCCGUCAUCUUCCCCCAUCGUUCAUAGCCGCAGCUGGCCGUCAAAUGCAAAACCUCACCGGAAAACACAUCCGGACUUCUCACCGGCCGCCUUCAACAGUCACAAACUCCUCCAACUUUCUCCUUUUCCACAUAUUCAUUAAUUUCCCUCACUUUCCCCCUUCUCUCUAUCGCGCGCAUGAACACCAUCUUAUCAAUAGCAUUACGGCCACACCACCGUUUCAUCCCAAUCCUCUUGAAAAUGAUAACAACUCAAACAAACUCUCUCCAAAUCCCUAUCACCACCACCACCACAACCAAUCCAAACAACAACACCGUUUCAAAAAUUUCAAAUAUCAAUAACCAGAGCAUAAAAUCGAAUUUCUCCGAUUUAAUCACCCUCGGCAGUUUCCUCCGCUCCUCGAAUCAACCUCGCCACGACCCGCUCGACUUCAAUCGAAUUCUCCCGGUUCUCAGCCGCCUAAUCGACCGUUACGAAACACCGGAAAUGAUUCUCUCUGAGUUAGAGUCAAUUGGUUGUAUUAAUCUCUCUGACAGUAACAGAAACCCUAAUCCUUUACUACUCUUGUUGAGGAUUUUCUCUCGUGCAGGUAAUUAUACCAUGCUCAUUGAAACUUGUCUGCACAUGGUAGAAUUUCAUGGUUUUGCAAUUUUUCGGAAUACAUUUGCUUCCAAUUUAGUUAUGGAGUCAAUGUUUAAAACUUCGCAACCAGAACGAGCUUUUUAUAUUAUGGAAAAUACGAAGUUCCCGAAUUUUCUUACUUUCAACAUUGCACUUUUCCACCUUUCCAAUUUAAAUGACAUUGCCAGUGUUUCAUAUGUUCUUAGAGUCAUGUUGAGAUUGCGCUAUCGUCCUAAUCAUGCUACUUUUAGUGCGGUUGUGAAUUCGUUUUGUAAAAUGAAUGCGUUUCGGCAGGUUUAUCAGAUUUUGGGUCUGAUGGUUGGUCUAGAGAUUGAGUUUUCUGUUAAUGUUUGGACUGUACUCAUUCAUAGGUUCUGUAAAUUGCGUAGGCUCAAUGUUGCUACCAAUUUGUUGUACAAAAUGAUUAGAACCGGUUGUUCUCCUAAUGUUGUCACGUAUACCGCUUUAAUUAAGGCAUUUAUGGAAUCCAAUAUGGUGACUUCUGCCUUACAUUUGUUUAAAGACAUGGUUUCUGCUGGGAUAGAUCCUGAUUUAGUUCUUUUUAAUAUGUUAAUUGACUGUCUUUUGAAGUCCGGAAUGCAUGAUGAUGCAAUUGAAGUUUUUCACCGGUUAUCGGAACAAAAUAAUAUGACACCUGAUUUGUAUACCCUUACUUCAUUGUUGUCUAUAGUUUGUCGGUCUGAACGGUUUGAUCUCUUACCCAAAAUAGUUCGAGCUUGCGGACAUAUAGGUGGUGAUUUAGUGUUCUGCAAUGCUGUUUUAAGCUCUUUUAUUAAGUCUGGCCAUUCUUCUUGUGCUCUUGAAUACUAUGAACAUAUGAUUGUUAAAGGUUUUAAGCCGGAUAAAUAUAGUAUUGCUGGGCUACUAAGUGCACUUUGUGCUGAGAGAAGAAUUGAUGAAGCAGUUAAUGUGUAUCGAGGUAGUGCUAUGAUGUAUCAUGCAAAUGAUGCUCUCAUCCAUACUGUGUUAACGAGUGGGCUUAUAAAUGCUGGUCAGUAUCACUUGGCUGCCAUUGUUUUUAGAUCAGCAGCAGUCCAGAAAUGUCCGCUUGACAGUGAAGCAUAUGCUGUUGGCAUCCGUGCACAUCUUAGAAGUGGUUUAACUCUAGAGGCCAACACAUUGUUUGACCAGAUGAAGGACAAUGGUCUGGAACCUAAUGUUCAGACAUUUAAUAUGAUUCUUUUCCGUUCGUUUAAGGAAAAAGAUCUUCAAAAGAUUCAACUGUUACUGAAAGAGAUGAUUGAUUCAAGGAUUGAGUUGGGUGACAGAAAUUUCUUCAAUUUGUGUAAAUUACAAUGUAGUUGGAGUUUGUUGGCUGAAAUGAGAGAUUUGGGUUUAUUAUCUGCUAAGGUGUUGCAUACCUUAAGCUGUGGCAGGCAUCCUGAAAGUGUAAAGGAAAAUUAUAAACACUGUGCUGAAGUUGAUACAGAAUGCAAUCUAGUUCUGGAUUCAUCCAGUUCUGAAGACAUGUCAGAUGUAGCUGUGUCAGUUGGUUGAACUCUUGUUGUUACUAAUAUGUUGUGGCCAGCAUCUGAUUGAAUGGUUCAUUCAAUUCCUAUACCAUGAAAUGCGGCAAUCUAUCCACAAACUGAUUGCACAUAUUGGUUUAGUGGUGUCUGAUUUCAAAGACAUAUUUGAUUGGAAUGCCAGUGAUUUGAACAUAUCAUGGUUACUCUAUGAGGAAGGAAGGUUCUUAUCCCAUGAAUGUUUGUCUGUGUUCUUUCUGAUUAAUUCUGCAUCCCAACAGGUUGCUGUUAGUUAACAUUGAAGGCCGAGUUAAGCAAUGGUGAGCUUCAAAUAACUUUAUGCAUUAAGCCGUGGUUAUCGAUUAAAGGGCCACUCUGGUGUUUUUUGAAUUCUAUGAACAUUUUGUUUCUAAAGAGAUGUCAUCUUCAAGAAAAGAGUUAGAAGAAAUAGUUGAACUAUAUCAGGCCAUACUGACACAUUUGAAGAGAAAGAUCAACCCCGUCAUAUCACAACCGAAGGCUGAAACUAUUAUUAGGUUCACAGCCUUUGUCUUAUUAGCAUCUAAUCCAUUGUUAGAAGAGUAAUAGAAAUCACAGGAGUUGAGUUGACAUUCAAAUUUAUAGCAUAAUAACUACUGGAUGACUUGAUUUUCAAAUGAGACCUAAACCACUAAAGAUGUUAGGUAUAGAUUCAUAUCUGAAUCAAACACUGAUAGCACCUUAACAUGUUUUCAGGCAGAAAAUGGUAUCACUUGGUAUGCCAAUUGGUGUCCAUAUCUGGUUGACAAUCAGCGAAUCAUAUUAAACUAUAAAGCUUUAGAGACUCCAUAGCUGAAAUGAAUGCAUGUAGCAGUAGCUGUGGAGACAAAUUUAUGGUGGAGACAAUUUUAUAAUUCUGCCCAAAUUGAGUGGGAAUAAAAGUGGUGUCAUACAAUAAAUUGAGUCAAUCUGCAGAGCUUUUGUUUGGUCAGGUUAGGAAAGGAGCAAAAAGAGCCCUGUGGCCUGGAAAAGAGUCUGCAGUCCCAUUAGGCAUGGUGGUUUGGACAUGAUUAACAUGGGGACUUGGAAUAAUAUAACAAUGAUGAAGUGCCUAUGGAAUAUUAGCAUGAAGUUGGACAACUCAUGGGUGAAAUGGGUUCAUGUUUAUUACUUGAAAAAGGAGACUGUCUGGACUGCUACCAUUGCCAAUAGUAGCUCUUGGAUAAUGAAAGCUAUCAUGGCAAAGAGAGAAGAUGUCAUUAAUCACCAACACUUGUGGGAAGAGAUGCAGAACAAGAGCAAAUUCUCCAUGAAGAAAUUUUAUGACAGGAUUAGGGCUGAAGAAGUUUAUGUUACUUGGAGUCACUUGAUUCAACACAACUAUGCAAGACCUAGAGCUGUAUUGUGCUUAUGGUUGGCUUGUCAUGAAAGACUUGCAACCAAAGCAAGACUGAAGAGGCUUGGACUGUUACAGGAAGAACAAUGUAGUCUGUGCAAUGAGGCAAUUGAGAAUAUAGACCAUUUGCUGUUUGCCUGCAGGAUAACACAUGAUAUCUGGAGGGAUGUUUUAAGAUGGCUGGAGCUCGAGCACACUCCUUUACAAUGGACAGAGGAGUUUCAUAUGGAUUAUAAAUCUCAUUAAAGGGAAAGGCUUUACUGCUAGCAUGUUGAAAAUUGCCCUAGCUGAAACAAUCUAUGGAGUUUGGAUGUAUAGAAAUGCCAAGAUAUUUGACACUAUAGAGGAUAAUACUAAGAUAGCUAGAAAUAUCAUAGAUACUAUAUUGUAUAGAGGGUGGAUGAAGCCCAAAUAUAGGAGCAAACUUGCAUUACUUGUGAUGUAAUGAUGCUGUUUUUAUGUCUUUGCAGGAGCUGGAUCGGUUGAUCACAUUGGUUGUAAUCGAUACAUUUGAAAUAUGCAUAAUCUUUUAUUUCAAAAAUAAAAAUAAAAAGUGGUGUCAUGUGAUAGAAUGAAAUAGAUACUACUAACCCAUCCAAUUUGUUAUACUAGUGUCAGAUACUAUGACACGCCUAAUUCCUAGAGGAUCCAACUGCUCAAGGAUGAUUGAAAGUACAUUUAUUUUUUCCUCAUUGUUCCUCAUGACCACUUCAGGGUGUACACAACAGUACUAAGCCAAAGACAAUAGUUCAAUCUUAUAAAAAAUUUAGAACAUACAAACCAUCCGAGAUACAUGGUUAUCAGUUCUCACUUAAAUUUGAGUGUUCUAUCAUUUUUCAGACAAAUUGUUCCUUUGUCAAGGAGCUUACUUCUUGAAUAGGCUGAAAUACUUCAUUUAAUUAGUUCUAAAGCUUCAGAUUCCAAUAGUGAUCUUGUAUAAAGCAGAAUCAACCAUGCUCUGAAAUUCCUUUAGAAAAUCCACUAAGACAUGUGUUUCUUCGUCCUUGUUUCCAUCCAACAAAUUUUGGCCCUUCACAACUGCAGUAUAGAUCUUCAAUUUGUCAACGGGGGAAAUCAAAGAACUAACAUCAUUAUUAGCAAUUACUUGCCUCACAUGAUAAAGAUAAUCGUUCAAAUCAUUCAUUGCUUUAGCUUUUUGCUCAGGUUUCUUAUCUUCAACAUUAAAGUUCUCAGCUUCUUGAAUCAUUCUCUCAGGCUCUUCAGUUGAUAGGCUUUCUGUUUCAUGUGUUACUGUAAUAUCCCUCUUAGUACCACUGGUUUCUUCCUCUGCAGACAAGUUUAAUAUGCCAUCCGCGUCUAUUGCAAAGUAUACUUGGAUAGGAAGACCGCGAGGUGCAUGAGGAAGUGAGAGAGAAAACACACCGAGCAAGUUGUUCUCACUAGCUAUUAUGCUCUCACCCUCAUAAACCUUAAAUGAAACUCUACUUUGGUUAUCUACAUCUGUAAAAUAUGUUUUCUUCUUAGUGAUAGGAAUGGAAGU